AUGGAAAAAUUUAGAAUUAGAUUGGCCAGACCAGAAGAUAUGGACAGUGUCCGAGAUAUGAUACAGGAAUUGGCAGAUUUUGAAGAAAUGCCCGAUGGACCCAAAAUUAGUGCUGAAGAUCCUAACAAAAAUCUACCAAUUUGUUAUGCUUUAACAUUUAUAUCUUACUCAACUUGGGAAGGAAAAUCACUAUUUUUGGAAGAUUUAUAUGUUAAACCAGAAUAUCGAAACAAAGGCGUAGCUACGGAUAUGAUCAAAUUUUUGGCUAAGAAAAGAAGGCUGGAUGUUCUGUCGUCUAACCAAAGGAGCAAUGGAAAAGUUGACUCAAAAAAUGCUACUGGAAUUAGUAGAUUUAGCAAAAUUGAAGUCGAUGAAUUUGAUCUUUAUAACACAUUUAAGCCAUCUGACCUGAAACAGAGGAUUGAUGAAAUGUUACGAAUAAAGGGUACUGUAUCUUCAGAAUUACGAGUACUGGAAUCAAGAAAACAACAAUUACAAAUGGAUGUAGUAGAAUAUGGAAAUAAAAUUAAGAUUUUAAAGCAGGAGUUACAAAGGCAGCAGGCAGAGAUGGAAAGACUGAAAAUAUCACUUGAACAAGCUCAGGUGGCGCAACAAGAAGCAGCUUUAAGAAACACUCCACAAUUAAAAUUACCAAAGCCAUUAUUACCAUGGUAUAUACCUGAACCAAUGUCACCACCAAAUAGUCACUCUAUGCCCUGCAAAAUGUUUACAUGUUUUGACCAUUCUCGCUGUUCACUGACGUCCGGUUUACCAGUAUAUCUUUAUGAUCCGGAUACAUACACAGUUGUCUCAAAAGACUAUGACGUUGAUGGAUUUUUGAAAACUACAAUAAAACAAACUUUAGGCUACAAUGCUCAUUUAACUCAAGAACCUAAAGAAGCAUGUUUAUAUUUAGUGUUAGUUGGUGAAGCUUUUAAAAAUCCUUCAGAAUAUGAAAAUAAUUCAAAUAAUCGUACAUAUAAAGAAACAUCAUUAGAUAUUAAUUUGCUAUAUAAAUUACCUUACUGGGGAGCUGAUGGGCGCAAUCAUGUUUUAUUAAAUUUUGCCAGGAGAGAUUUAAGCAUUGGAUCGGGAAAUGUUUUUAAAAAUUUUAACACAGGCCGGGCCAUAAUAGUUCAGUCUACAUUUACUGUGUUGAAAUUCAGACCGAACUUUGAUUUGGUCAUUGCACCACUUCUUGGACCACCAGGAGGUGAUGUUUGGCAAGAAUGUACUCCAAUUGUGCCAGCAAGGAGAAAAUAUUUAUUGAGUUUUCAAGGAGAACUAAAGCCAGUAAAGGCUGAUACACAAACACAUAAUAUUGAAAAUAGAGAUGAUGAAUCACUACUUUCUGAUGAAAAUUUAGGACUUGUUGAUAGUUCAUCCAUAGAUAGUUUCAUUUUAAAACAAUUACAUCAUAUAACUACUGGAACUACAUCAGAUAAAUUUUUGUUUGAAUUUGAAUGCAUUCCUGCAACAGAGCAAAAAACUGUGGUACCAAUUAAAGAUUGGUCAUUAUGUGGCACAGAUUCUUCCAGAAGAAAUAUAUUAAAAGAUUCAACAUUUGUAUUAAUUUUUGCACCUGGAAAUAUAGAAUAUAUUUCAACAACAUUACUGCAAGCUAGGUUGUAUGAAGCUCUUCGUUCCGGUGCUAUACCUGUGAUACUAGGCGGGGAUCAAAUAACUCUGCCAUUUGCUGAAUUUGUUGACUGGAAAAAAUGUGUACUUUUAGUACCUAAAGUACGGGUUACCGAGUUGCAUUUUCUUCUAAGAGCAAUUCCUGAUGGUGAUUUGCUCUCAAUGAGACGACAGGGACGAAUGGUUUGGGAGAGAUAUUUAAGUUCAGUUCAAGUAACUGUAGACACUAUAAUAGCUGUUAUAAGAAAUAGAUUAGGAAUUCCAGCCAAGCCCAUUUCGAGUGUACCCAGUGUUAGUGUUUUUAAUUCUAGUUUUACUCCUAUAAAAAUAGCACCAGUGGAAUCUGAUCCUGAAAAUAAGGAAUCUUUAGGACCAAUUGAGCCUCCACAUCCUAGUCCUAGUUAUACGAGAAAUUAUACAGUUAUGUUAACACAGGAAUAUGAAAUGUGGAAUGUUUGGGGCGAUCCAUUCAAUUUAUAUCCACAAAUUCCAUUCGAUCCUGUUUUGCCAUCAGAUGCAAAAUUUAUAGGAUCCAAUUUAGGCUAUCGGCCAAUUGGGAAAGGAGCUGGAGGUGCAGGAAAAGAAUUUUGUGAAUCGCUCGGAGGAAAUCAUCCUCGCGAGCAGUUUACCAUAGUAAUCCUCACUUAUGAAAGAGAACAGAUAUUAAUCAGUUCUCUUAAUAGACUGGAUGGUUUGCCUUAUUUGAAUAAAGUAAUUGUGGUAUGGAACAGUCCAAAGCCUCCACAGGAAGAACUAAGAUGGCCAGAUAUAGGAGUUCCUAUACAUUUUGCAAAAACCACCAAGAACUCCUUGAACAAUCGUUUUCUGCCAUUCGAAGAAAUUGAGACAGAAGCCGUUUUGUCUGUUGAUGAUGAUACUGCAAUCAGACAAGAUGAAAUAAUUUUCGGUUUCCGUGUUUGGAGAGAACACAGAGAUAAAGUUGUUGGUUUUCCUGGAAGAUUUCAUGCAUGGGACUUAAACAAUAAUAACGGUUGGCUAUAUAAUACAAACUAUAGUUGUGAACUGAGCAUGGUUUUAACAGGUGCUGCUUUUGUUCAUAAAUAUUAUUUAUUCAUGUAUUGGAACUGGAUGCCACAAGCAAUUCGAGAUAUGGUGGAUGAAUAUAUGAAUUGUGAAGACAUUGCAAUGAAUUUUCUCGUAUCACAUAUUACUCGAGCACCUCCUGUUAAGGUGACUUCAAGAUGGACAUUCCGUUGCCCUGGAUGUUUAGAUUCAUUGUCUGAUAGUUCUUUGCAUUUUCAAGAAAGACAUAAAUGCAUAAAUUUUUUCACUAAGGUUUUUGGAUAUAUGCCGUUGCUAAAUACGCAAUAUCGUGCAGAUUCUAUUCUAUUUAAGACAAGAAUACCACAUGACAAACAAAAAUGUUUCAAAUUUAUUUAAUUUUUUAUAGCAAUAUUUUGAGGACUGAAGCUAUGUGAGUAUAUACUGCGAAAUGAAUGAAGAAUGGACGAGAUAUUUUAGACUAAUUUUAUCUAUAAAACAAUUUUUAUGAUAAAACU